UUUUCUUUUCAUUUUCUUAACACUAACAACUGCAGCCAACUUCACGUUAAUACAAAUUGUUUGUCAUUCCCAGUUGAAAAAGAAGAAGCACCAUAAUUUUGCAAAAACUUUGUUAUUUAGACAAAAAUUAUAAAUUUUACCUAAAAAAUGGAAACCUCUAUUAAAGUACAACCCACAAUCGCUACCACUCUAGAUGCAGCACCCACCGUAGCAGCUCCCGGUAAAUCAAAUUGUUUAAUGCAAGUAGCUCACAUACAUCGUUUACGCGAUUCGGAAGCCAACUAUGAUCAACAUCAAUAUAAUUUACAUAUGCAAAUGAUGAGAAAUCGCGAAGGUCUAAAUGUACCCAUUAAAAUGGGCAUGGAGUUGUUUGCUGCCCGACAAGUAGGUCGUUUGCCUUUCCUUCAAUCCAGCAACAUGAUGGAAGAUGUUCUAAUGGGUCGUGAUGAAAUGAUUGGUUUCCAAGAUUUCUUAGGUGUUCCCGAGAAUUAUGAAUUCAUGCGCCAGCCUCAUGUUGUGGUAGAGAAAUCUUUAGGUAUCUUUUAGAUUUUGUGUAAAAAAAAGCUUUUGAUGUAAAAGCAAAAAAUAAGUUCAUCAUUAAAAAAAGUUUUUGUGAAAAUGGUUUUUAUAAUAAAAUUUUAAGGUAA